GGGCCGAGGCGGGCCGUGCCGGGCCGUGCCGUGCCGGGCCGGUCCGAGCGGAGCCGAGCCGAGCCGAGCCGCCGGCAGCAGCGCCGGGCGGAAGGGCAGCCCGCAGCAUGUCGCCGCUCCGCGUCUGCAUCGUCGGCUCGGGGAACUGGGGAUCAGCCAUAGCAAGAAUCAUUGGCAAAAAUGUCCAGAAGUCCAACAGAUUUGAUCCUACUGUCAAGAUGUGGGUAUUUGAAGAGAUCAUCAAUGGAAGAAAACUCUCAGAAAUAAUCAACCAGGAACACGAAAAUGUUAAAUACCUGCCUGGAUACAAGAUACCCAAAAAUGUGGUAGCUGUACCAGAUGUGGUCGAAGCAACAAACGGGGCAGAUAUUUUAGUGUUUGUUCUGCCACAUCAAUUUGUUGGACGAAUCUGCGAGCAGAUUGCAGGCCAGAUAAAAUCCGGGACAUUUGGGAUUUCCCUGAUCAAGGGGAUCGAUGAGGGUCCUGACGGCCUGAAGCUCGUAUCUGACCUCAUUCGAGAGAAACUGAAAAUAGAAACCAGUGUGCUUAUGGGGGCCAACAUAGCCAAAGAAGUGGCUGAUGAGAAGUUCUGUGAAACCACCAUUGGGUGCAAAAAUGAAAAACAAGGGGAGAUCUUUAAAGAAUUAAUGCAGACCCCCAAUUUCAGGAUUACUGUGGUGCUUGACUCUGAUACAGUGGAGAUCUGUGGAGCCUUAAAAAACAUCGUAGCAGUGGGAGCUGGGUUCUGCGAUGGACUAGAUUUUGGCGAUAAUACAAAGGCAGCAGUUAUACGCUUGGGCCUUAUGGAAAUGGUGGCCUUUGCCAAGAUGUUCUGCAGGGGACCGGUAUCAAUAGCCACUUUCCUGGAAAGCUGUGGCGUCGCUGAUCUAAUCACUACCUGCUACGGGGGACGCAACAGGAAAGUAGCAGAAGCCUUUGCUCGCACAGGAAAAUCCAUUGAGGAACUGGAAAAUGAGAUGCUGAAUGGACAAAAGCUGCAAGGUCCUCAGACUUCAGCUGAAGUCUACAAGAUUCUGAAACAGAAAAAUACACUCGAUAAGUUUCCAUUAUUUACAACCAUCUACAAGAUCUGCUACGAGGGUCAGUCGAUCCAGGAUUUCAUCACGUGCCUGCAGAACCACCCAGAGCACAUUUAGAGAUCCCCUCUCCUCACCUGGUUGCGCCAGGACUUCUGUCCAUUCCACGGCAAAUAAAGUAGAGAAACAGGUUGUGUGACAACGCUUGCUGUAAAAGCAACAAAGAAUGUAUUUCAGUAUCCUCAUUCUGGGGGUAAAAUAAUCUGCCUUUAAUUUCAACAUUAUACCCAAGGAACAGGAAACAAAUGUAAAAUUUAACAGUAUUUGAUUUGAGUUAGUAGUGUGGGCGUAUCCCUAGAAUUACUUUCAUGUUGGUUGAAAACAGUUUCCCUUGUAAUUUCCACAACAAGAGCUCACUCUAGCUCACGUGAACCUCAACGUUUUGCCUGCUAAUGUUACUUACAGAACAGCACAAGAUGCAGAAAAAUUGAACUCGUGCAAACAGAAAAAUUAUAGUAAAAAGUCUGACAGCAAUAACAUGCAAUCACAUGGGCAAAUGUUGGGUUUCCAUAGUUCCCCUCAAACACAAACAACAUUUUGUAUUUUGUGACAUUUAGUCCUUCCUUGAUUUCGUUUCCCAGUAUAAGCCUCUUUGGAAAAAUAGGUAUUGUUACUGUGCUCAGACACACAUGAAUGUUCAGCAGAUGUAUAAAUAAAACAGGUUUGGGGCAGGGGGGGAGGGUUGUUUGUUUCAAAUUCAGGACACUAGGAAUCCUCAGUAGUAGUGUGACCUUCAUUACACUUACUCUAUUCCAUUCAAAUACAGAAAAAAAAAUUGGAAUAACCAAAUACAUUAUGUUAGCGUCAGGACUUCUCAGCAAGUCAUAGUUGUUAAUUGGUACUAGCUGAGAAAGAACUGGAGGUUGACAGGGAGGAUGUACACAAGACUCAGCUUGCAGCUUGUGCAGUGCUGUUAUUUUGAGGACGUAAAAACUAACAGUGAAAAACACUCUGUGAUACUUGACUUUUUAUACAUGCAUGAAAAUGACCGCUAUAGACGCACAGAAAUCCUGUAAAAUUGCAUUUGAAACCAGGCUGCAUUUUAACUCUGCCGGGAAACUCCACUGGACUGACACCAGUGCAGCUCCCCGCAUCUUUCCAGACUGCAGACUAACGCCCUGAUCCAGCUGUAGUUUAAGCAACGCAUCUUACACUCCAGAAGAGAGAUCUAUUUACUUCUGAAUUUUAAACACAAACUGGUUCAUAUACCAGAUUUUUUUAUUUUGCUACCAAUGGUGUUAAUUUCAGAAACAUACAAGUUUUUAACCUUAUAGCUGUACUUGGGUAACUUUACAUACCUGAUGUUUUUCAGAGUUAAAGCCAUCUAUGAAAUGAACAGUGGCACAUUUUAUAAGCUUUAAUACCCUUUUGAAAGGCUCCUAUUUUGAGACAAGGCAAACAAAAAGGAAGAGUAACCUACUUUUGCUUUGCUUUAUCCGAUUUUCCAAAAUAGCAGAGAGGAGGGCAAGUGGGUUUUUUUAAUCUCUCUAUGUAUUCGCUGACAUAUUGCUUAGGGGGGAAAGAAAAAAAACCUAGAUUAUAAAAUCAUCUCCAGGCUGUAUUUUAGAGGAACAUUAUUAUGUCUUUCACAUUUAUCAGAGUAAUAUAUAUAUGUGUGUGUGUCUAUUGUAAUUAUAAAUAUAUUGUAAAAAUCUCAGCCUCACAGCUGGCAAAGCUGGCUUGGGUACCAGAAACAGUGGCUGCAGCAUCCCUGAUCCCUGCUGAACCGCAGCGAAGGUAGCUCACCGCCUCCAGCUUCAAGUCCGGUCACAGGCAACGGCUGGGGGCUCCGCUGGCAUUCCUUCCACUGAAAUGGGAAUUGUGUGGCCAAAUCCUUUACACAAAACAGGGAAUUAUCAUCUUCCAUUUUAAUUGGAAAAAGACGUAAAUAUUGCGUAAUUUCUAAGUAUCAAAUACAUGAGGAUGGGAUAGAGAAUUCAGGAACCUCCUUAUUUCACUGGCAGGCUGAACUUCUGAUAAGUCAUGUAUGAGUUAAUAAUAAUAUAGAACUCUUUACCUUCAAAGUGUAUCAAAUAACAGUUUAAUAAAGUGAUCAACACACAGA